AAGGAAGGGAAGGAACACAACCUUUUGUGAUAUUGCCAGUGUAUUUAAUUAAUUAGGUCAGCGUUUUCCCUGCCUGUUUUUGGCCGUUUAUUAUGGGGAUUGAAAUCAACAGAUUUCAAGGUGAAGUAGAUGAGGAACUGUUGUGUCCAAUUUGUUCCUCCGUUCUCGAAAAUCCGUUACAGGCACCACAUUGUGAGCAUGCAUUUUGCUCUGCAUGUAUUCAUGAAUGGCUUUCAAGACAACCAACUUGUCCUGUUGACAGACAAAACAUAACACCCCCUCAGCUAAGACCUGUGCCACGGAUACUUCGUAAUCUCCUGUAUAGGCUACAACUCACUUGCGAUAACUCUGUUUAUGGAUGCACAGCAAUAUUGAAGUUAGAUGCCCUAGAGUCUCACGUACAAGAAUGUGAAUUCAACCCUAAGAGACCUGUACCAUGUGAACUUGGCUGUGGGCUAGUAGUGCCAAAAGAUGAAUUGAAAGAACACAACUGCGUGAGAGAGCUGAGAUCACUGAUGCAGGCUCAGCAAUCGAAACUAGUUGAAGUGCAGGCUGAAGUAGCCGAAAGCAAAUUUCAGAUGGGAGAACAAAAACGAGAACUUCAACUCUUAAAGGACUACAUGCUAGCCAUGCGAAAUGCCAAUCCAUCCUUAAGGAUCUUAGCAGAUCAGAUGGAAGCCGACGAAGUGCGACGCUGGGCGGAAACACUUCCCAAAGCCCGGGUCCUCCGUUGGGGCGGCAUGAUCUCGACCCCUGACACGGUGCUACAGUUGCAGGCAAUGAUCAAGAGAGCACUUUCCGAAUCGGGUUGUCCUCCUCACAUAAUUCAAGAUCUGAUGGAAAACGCUCACGAAAGGAGAUGGCCGACGGGACUGUCUUCCUUGGAAAUACGCCAACUUAACCGACGUCAAUACGAGUCGUACGUCUGCAGAAGGAUCCCGGGAAAGCAAGCCGUGGCCGUCAUGGCCUGCGACAACGGACACAUGAAUCCGGACAUGAUACUAGAGCCCGGUCUCAUCAUGAUUUUUGCUCACGGAGUAGAGUGACACAAUUCCAGCUACCAGAAAUUCUUCACGUCUUAUUAAUUCAAUAUGUCUAUAGUGUCCACACGCAGUCGGGUGGACCACCGAGCCAACCGACAUUACUUAAUAUAUACUUUUGGCAUUUAGUUUUUUCCCUUAGAUUUUUCUUUCCCAUCCGAUUAGUUCGUCUUCUCUUAGAUCAGGUUCGGUUGGAGCUAUUAUCAUCUUACGUUUUUUACCAGAUCUUUGUUCCAGCAAUGUUCUCUACGAGCAGCGAAUGUAUCGACAUGUUCUUAUAUGCUUCUUGUUCAUAACUGAUCUUUUGUUUUUUUAUGUGCAAAUGAUUAUUAAUCUCAAUGAAUUGUCAUGAGAAGUGAUGUGAAAAUAAUAACUGAAAAGUCAGUCAUGUU